AUGAUCUACGCCGGGCGUCCAGAUAUGCUCUUCUUCGAUAGCCCCUCAGACCAAGUACCACAUCUGCGAAUCCCUCUCACCCUCGCCACCGCCAUCUCCGCCGCCACCCUCACCACCACCAUCGCCGCCACCACCAUCGCCGCCACCGCCGUCCGCCUCGCCCUCGCCACCGCCUCCCUCCACCUCGCCGUCGCCGCCGCCUCCCUCGGCAUCGCCGUCGCCCCCGCCGCCCUCAGCAUCGCCGUCGCCGCCACUUCCGUCCGCCUCGCCCUCGCCACCGCCUCCCUCCACCUCGCCAUCGCCGCCGCCUCCGUCCGUGUCGCCCUCGCCGCCGCCUCCCUCGGCAUCGCCGUCGCCGCCGCCGCCGUCCACCUCACCGUCACCACCGCCUCCGUCCGCCUCGCCCUCGCCGCCGCCUCCGUCCGCCUCACCGUCGCCGCCGCCUCCCUCGGCAUCGCCGUCGCCGCCGCCGCCCUCCGCCUCGCCCUCGCCGCCGCCUCCCUCCGCCUCGCCCUCGCCACCGCCUCCCUCCGCCUCGCCGUGGCCGCCGCCGCCGUCCGCCUCGCCGUCGCCGCCGCCUCCCUCGGCAUCGCCGUCGCCCCCGCCGCCCUCAGCAUCGCCGUCGCCGCCACCGCCGUCCGCCUCGCCCUCGCCACCGCCUCCCUCCACCUCGCCAUCGCCGCCGCCUCCGUCCGUGUCGCCCUCGCCGCCGCCUCCCUCGACAUCGCCGUCGCCGCCGCCUCCCUCCGCGUCGCCCUCGCCGCCGCCUCCCUCCGCCUCACCGUCACCACCGGCUCCGUCCGCCUCACCCUCGCCGCCGCCGCCGUCCACCUCACCGUCACCGCCCCCUCCCUCCGCCUCGCCGUCGCCGCCGCCGCCCUCCGCGUCGCCCUCGCCGCCGCCUCCUUCCGCCUCACCAUCGCCGCCGCCUCCCUCCGCCUCACCAUCGCCGCCGCCUCCCCCGCCGCCACCGAGCCCGCCGCCACCAUCUCCGCCGCCGCCGUCACCACCGCCGCCCUCGCCGCCGCCGCCCUCACCGCCGCCCCCCUCUCCGCCACCGCCGUCACCGCCACCGCCGAGCCCGCCGCCUCCGUCACCGCCCCCACCGAGCCCACCGCCACCGUCACCACCGUUGCCGUCGCCGCCGCCUCCAUCGCCGCCGCUGCCGUCACCACCGCCGCCCUCGCCGCCGCCGCCCUCACCGCCGCCUCCGUCGCCGCCGCUGCCGUCACCGCCGCCGCCAAGCCCGCCGCCGCAGAGCCCGCCGCCACCAUCUCCGCCGCCGCCGUCACCACCGCCGCCCUCGCCGCCGCCUCCCUCACCGCCGCCGUCGCCGCCGCCGCCCAGCCCGCCGCCGCCCAGCCCGCCGCCGCCCAGCCCGCCGCCGCCGUCACCGCCGCCGCCCUCGCCGCCGCCGCCCAGCCCGCCACCGAGCCCGCCGCCACCAUCUCCGCCGCCGCCGUCACCACCGCCGCCCUCGCCGCCGCCGCCCUCACCGCCGCCCCCCUCUCCGCCACCGCCGUCACCGCCACCGCCGAGCCCGCCGCCUCCGUCACCGCCCCCACCGAGCCCACCGCCACCGUCACCACCGCCGCCGUCACCGCCGCCUCCAUCGCCGCCGCUGCCGUCACCGCCGCCGCCAAGCCCGCCGCCGCCGAGCCCGCCGCCACCAUCUCCGCCGCCGCCGUCACCGCCGCCGCCCUCGCCGCCGCCUCCCUCACCGCCGCCGUCGCCGCCGCCGCCCUUGAGGACCUCCUACUCUACACCACCGACGCCAAUUCUCGCGCGUAUGCCAACGCUCUUGCCGCUGUGCGCUCCACGUUUGCGCCCGGCGGCGCCACCGCCUUCUCAGUCGGAAGCUUCGGCGAGCUCGGCCGCGCCUCCAGCCUGCAGACGCGGGUGCUCGGUGGCGACGUAACCGCCUGGUACUCGUCCUCCGCCACCUACUCGCCGACGUUGCCCGCCGCCACUGUGCGCGCCAUCCUCGGCACCACAUCGCUUGCCUACCCGCAGACGCUGCGCGCCAUGUACCAAGUCCACGAUGCGGAGGGUAACACAGUGCAGGGCGGCGCCUCCACGCCCCAGCUGACGUACCAGCUCGACGGCGACGCCACCGUGCGAACGGUGCAGUGCUACGCCGUGGGAGCGCUCUCAGGCGUCGGCGAGUGCUACGGCUCGCUCGUCCCCGCCGCCUUCGACAGCGCCGCCAGCGUGUCGCUUUCGCUGGAGUGGACCUCCGCCGCGACGGGCGAUCAGAUCGCUCUGGCGAGCUUCGGCACGGUCGCGACGCAGCGACGGCCGACGUGGUCGGCGGGCGGGUGGGAUCUGGGCGACGCGGACGCGCUCGUCUACGUGGACGCCGGCAAGGCCGUAGCCUUUGGCGUCGAGCUUCCUUACGAGGACGUCUUCAUCCCCCCAAGUGCGAGCGACGGCCGCGGCGCCUUCGACGUGUCGAUCCAUAUGAAGACGCACAUGGACGGCGCGACCGAGGCGGCGCGGCAAGUCGACGUGGGCAAGUUCAAGCUAGUCUUCCCGGCUGACGCGUGCGACGGCGUCACUGACGCCGCAAUCACGUAUAAGAACCCAGCCUUCGCAACGUGGGAAGAGGUCACAGGGCUGGGCGCUGGUGCGUACGGCCAGACCUUCUUCAGCGGCAAGGUGAGCGGCGCCGCGGUGCCCAUGCUUUCCCUUACGAUGCGCUGCGCCGCGGGCACGCACGCGAUCGGCGUCGAGACCAUGGAGCACGCCGACUCCGACGGAGUCUCCGGUGCUCCGAACAUCGAGUACGCGAGCUCCGUCGGCCGCGGCGACACGUACGUGGCGCGCGCCGAGGUGCUGGUCAAGGCGACGACGCAGCACGUCGGCGUCUUCGCUUACGCCUCCGACGGACGGGCGUACGUCAACGACUUUACGAGCCUGGGGCAGCCGGCACCCAGCCUGACCGUGCAGCUCGACUCGAUCUCCGACAGCCCCGACGAGAGUGUCCACAGGAACGUCGGCUGCGCUGCCGCCGACGCCUUAGCAACGCCGCCGCUCGACAGCUGCGCGUACACGCCGCCCUCGCCCGCGGCAGCGGGCGUCGCCGUCGACACGCGCACCGUCGGCAGCAGCGGCGGCGCCGCGACCGAUGCGAUUGCAAUCGAAUUUCGCUCGCCGCGCACCGUGACGCUCACGGUUGCGGACGCCACCCUGUCGGCCAUCGGCUGCGCGGGCGGAGGCAGCUACCAGUCCACGACGCUGCGGUUGGCCGCCGACGGCGAUCUGGACGUGACGCGGCUCAGCUCGUACACAAGCAACGACACGAGCGUCGCGGUGUUGCGGGACGACGGCUACACCGUGCGUGUGCUUGGCGUCGGCCCAGGUUCCGCCACCAUCUCGGCCUACGGCAACGUCGCGAGUGUGACGGUGACUGUCGAGGACGCCGUCGUGACGCCUGAGCUGGUGGCCCGCGUCGUCACUUCGCUCGACGCGGCGGGCGCGGCGCAGAGCUUCACGAGCGAGGCCGACGUGGGCUACCUGUAUGUUUACGCGCGCUACGCCAACGGCGACGCUCACAUGCUCGACGACGCUGAGCUGUCGGUCGAGGUGCUGGCGCCCGACACACUCGCCUACAGCCUCACCAGCGGCGGCCGGCACGAGCUCUCGAUCGUGCCGGACGCGCUCGCCGCCUCGUGCUACGACGACCUGCUGUCGGUGCAGCUCGUCGCGUGCAACGGCAGCCUCCCCGCCGUGGCGCCACCCCUCGAGCUCGACCUGCCCUCGCCCGUCGCGCUGCGAGCACUGGGGCUCUCGGCGGAGGUGCUUGCGCCGUCGGGCUCGUUUGCAAGAAGCGGCGCGCUGUCCUCGCGGCCGUCGACCUCGGGCACCAUCUCGUCGGCGUUCGUGCAGAUGAGCGAGGGCAGCGACAAGGACAUGAGCGGUGACGCUCGCGUGACGCUCACCUCGUCCGAACCGGAUUGCGUGGCGACGGCUGCCGACCUCACGGCAUCGACGCACUUCUGGGCGGUCGAGGGCGGCGGCUGCACAUCGGUCAGUCUCACCGCCACCUUCACCCUUGGCGCGUGGCAAGAGAACGCCACCGCCACCGUGUACAUUGCGCGGCCCAAAGCGACAGCGCUGACCGUCUCGGCGGCCGUUUGGCCCUCGUGCUCGAUCUCCGACGCGAACACCCUCUACACGCUCGGCUGCGCUUCGCCCGUGGUGCGGCAACGCGUGCAGUUCUCGGCGGCGUACGAGCUGGAGGCGGACCUCGCCAGCUACGCGCUGAGCGGUACCGUCACACUAAGCCACUCCGACGUGACGCUCGACCCUUCCAACCUCGCGGCCGUUUCGGGCGUCACCAUCUACCAGGGCGCGAGCAGCGGCGCCGCCUCGCUCGGCGUGACGCUGGUGGGCGAGGCCGCGCAGCGAAGCCUCACCAUCUCGGACGAUGCGCUCUCGCUGAGUGCCAUCUCGCCGAGCGUCGCCACCACGCUGAUCACAACGCGCCAGAUUGCGGUGAGCACAACCUUCUCGGGGCAGGCAGGCAUCAGCUGCACCUACUCCGACUCCGACGUGCGCAGCAACCUCGGCUUCGCCGCCGUAUCCGACGUGGCGACAUUUUCGGUCGCCUCAGAGUAUGCCGCCUUGCUGAGCGUGGACGCCGACGGCACGCUCACGGCGCUUGACACGCACUGGGCCAAGGCACCGGUGGCGGUGACCAACGCGUGCGAUGGGGGCGAGGUUGACGAGGUGUCGCUGUACGUCAACCCGACGGCUUCGCCGGGCCAGCUCGACCUCGGCGAGGCGAGCAAAGCGCCACUUCAGCCGGGCAGCAGCAGCCUCGAGGUCAAGCUCUGGUGGGACCUGUCGGAGACCUACUCGGGCGCGUGCAGCAGCCAGCCGAUCGAGACGAUCGCGGCCUUCUUCCUCUACAAUUCGGCGCAGCUGGACGCCACCUUGGUCACCAGCACGUGGGCACCGCAAAGCAGCGACACCUUCCAGGGUACGUUGCAGACCGUUGCUCAGCCGAACGACGCGCCCCGUGAGGCGACGGGCUACGACGCAUGGGCAAAGGUGGUGUACGCCGACAUCGUCAAGGGGUCCUUCGACGGCACGGACUGGUCGCUGAUCAACCCCGCGAACGUGACACUCGACCUGCUUGAGGGCACCACCAGCGGCACCGUCGGCCUCACGCUCGAAGUCAACUGCGGCGGCGCGGCGCAGGCGAUCCCGAGCGACGGCUCGAUCUUCGAGCUGCCCUUCACCACCAGCUGGGCUUCUAUCGUUGCGCCGCCAGCCCGCCGCCGCCGCGCACAGGCGCGCGCACAACAACCGAGGCGGCUGAACAGCGACGUGCACGGCGACCUCAACGGCGAUGGGCUCACGGAUACGGGUGACCUGACGGCGAUGGUCAACUACUUCAAGGCGCCGGACACGAUCAGCCUCGGUAGCCUCAGCGCCAACCAGCGGCUGUGGCUCGACGCCAACCGCGACGGCUCGUACGCAAACGCUGGCGACGUGCUCUACGCGGCGCGCGCCUACGCCGGCUCGACCGCCUUUCCGGUCUUUGGCGCGCUGUCCUGCCCUCUGGGCGUGUCCGACCAGCUGGUGGUGACGGCCACCUCCUACUCGGCGAGCCAAGCGGCGCUCGGUGCGGUGGCGGUGUCGGUGGAGGUGGCAUACUCGCACCCGUUCGCACUGAGGUGGCAGCUGAGCAGCGGCGCUGCGCUCUCGGCCGUGUCGCCACCGCCCGACAGCGCGACGCACUACUUUGCGCUGACGGAAGACGGCAACGGCGGGCGCGAGCUGCGCGCGGUGCCGCAGGACGGCUGGGCCGAAGGGGCGACGAUAUCGCUCGCCUACGUGGUGGGCGACUACACCAACGCCGAGAAGCGCGCGAUCUUUGUGCAGUCAUCGCUGGUGGGGCAGAACCGCGUCGCACUGCAGAGCUGCAACCUCUCCUUUGAGUCGCCUCCGCCCUCGCCGCCCCCUCGCCCACUGCCAGUCUCGCCUCCAACAUCACCACCGCCCUCUGCGCCGCUGGUCGACAAAGGAACGUACGCCUUUGACACGAGUGCGGACUGCACCUCAUCAUUCAACGGCAUAGCGACGCUCACCGAGGAGGGCCAAAACUCCGCGCUGUGCAUCUUCCGCGGCCUCGUCCUCGAAGCUCAGGUGCCGGGCACGGCGGUGAUUGAUGCACGCGGCGCGUCUGCAGGACCCGGUGGGCGCCGCGCCAUCUUUAUCGACUUUGGGCGUACCAAUACGCUUGGCCGUAGCCCCUACACCUCCAGCACGCGCGACACGGUCGAGCUCAUCGGGCUGAAGAUCACGGGGGGCUACUUGCCGUCGAGUCAGAGUGACGCGGCCGUGGACCUCGGUCUGGCAAAUGGGGCGGGCAUCAAGAUCCACCACAUCCAGGGCGACGUGAUCCUGCGACGCUGUGAGAUCUACGGCAACGCAGCCAACGACACCGGCUCCAAGGGCGGAGGGAUCGCGAUCGCGCCGUCCUGGAACGUCCACUCCAACGCCUUCUGCAACCGGCCGGGGAGCCGGACGAGUUGCGUGCCGUCGACCGUUUCGCUGGUGAACUGCACGGCCCGCGACAACAUCGCCGCGCUGGGCGGCGGCGUGUACACCAUGGCGGACGGCCUCUCCCUUUCCCGCUCAUCCAUCUCGAACUGCGUUGCAACGAGCUCUGGAGGCGGCCUCUACUCUGCAUCGAGCGAGGAGCUCCGUUUGGCAGUUGAAGACGUGACGGCCACCCGCAUUGUUCUCGAACCAGGAACGUACGCCUUUGACACGAGUGCGGACUGCACCUCAUCAUUCAACGGCAUAGCGACGCUCACCGAGGAGGGCCAAAACUCCGCGCUGUGCAUCUUCCGCGGCCUCGUCCUCGAAGCUCAGGUGCCGGGCACGGCGGUGAUUGAUGCACGCGGCGCGUCUGCAGGACCCGGUGGGCGCCGCGCCAUCUUUAUCGACUUUGGGCGUACCAAUACGCUUGGCCGUAGCCCCUACACCUCCAGCACGCGCGACACGGUCGAGCUCAUCGGGCUGAAGAUCACGGGGGGCUACUUGCCGUCGAGUCAGAGUGACGCGGCCGUGGACCUCGGUCUGGCAAAUGGGGCGGGCAUCAAGAUCCACCACAUCCAGGGCGACGUGAUCCUGCGACGCUGUGAGAUCUACGGCAACGCAGCCAACGACACCGGCUCCAAGGGCGGAGGGAUCGCGAUCGCGCCGUCCUGGAACGUCCACUCCAACGCCUUCUGCAACCGGCCGGGGAGCCGGACGAGUUGCGUGCCGUCGACCGUUUCGCUGGCGCUUCGCCGCAUCUUUGGCCCUGCGACGGCGACCCGGCUCAGCCAACUUGAGGCGCGCGUCGGGUUUCAACCCAAGUUGAAGAUUGUGGUCAGCUUUUACCAGGUCGCUACGACGCUCGGCCCCGUGUACGGCGCUCGUCUGCACGAGGACUUUACCAGUUGGAUACGCGUCUUCGAAUUCUUCAGUUUCGACCUCCUCGGCUUGACCUACCCGGACGCUUGCAUCGGCUCGAUGAGACACCGGCUGCUGCUCGCCGCUCUGUGGCCAUUUGCCGUCAUUUUGCUCGGAAGCGCCGCUUUUGCCGCCCAUGCGCUAACAGUGUGGCUGUUGCUCCGAAAUCCGGCACGUAUGUGCGAGACGUUUGGCAUCAGCGUCUUUGACACGACCGCGCGACGCAGCUACCUCGUGGCCGACCUCGAGGUGCUCUGCCGCUCCGACGACGAGAUGUACCGCGGGCUCGACGCCUACUUUUGGGCCUUCUUUGUCCUCUGGCCGGUGCUGGUCCCGCUUGUGCUCCUCUGCUUGCUGCUCUGGAUCCGCCGCGACGUGCGGGCCCUGCGUGUGACAAUGCUCUCUCGCGCCUGCCGCUUCCUUUGGCGCGACUACAACGCUAGCUGCCACUACUGGGAGCUUGCCGACAUGUACCGGAAGCUCUUCCUCGCUUCGCUGGUGCUCUUCAUCCAGACAGACGACGGAUCGUCCAAGCUGCUUCGCCUCGUCGUCGCCUCUGUCGUCUCGGCCCUCUUCCUCACCGCCCUCGCCCUCGUCAAGCCUUUCAAGCGCUUCGACGACUUCUACCUCGCGUGCACCGCCAACCUGCUGCUCACCUGCUGCUUUGUCCUCGGCACCGUGGUUCAGAUCUGCGAGAGCGUUGCUUACGAGGACAUGUGCGACACGCUCGUGGGCUUCGAGAGCGCGUUCGGCGCGAGCGCGUUUGUCAUCGUGCUCACCGUAGCGAUGAUCGCCUUGUCGCUUGUCCUCGUCGUCUUCAAGGCCACCAGCGCCCUCCGCGCGCCCACCAUCCGGCUUCUCUCGACCGGCCGCGCCCCGGUGAUGGACAUGUCGAAGAAGUGCCACUUCCACGGCUUCAUCAGCCACAUCUGGUCCACGGGGCAAGACCAGACGCACACCAUCGUUCGGCAGAUGAAGCUGGUGAUGCCCGACGUGAGGAUCUGGCUAGAUGUGGAUUGCCUGGAGAACCUCGGAGCCCUCGAGGAGUCGGUCGGCGACGCCACCACCUUCCUCGUCUUUCUGUCAGUGGGCUACUUCAAAAGCCGCAACUGCCGCCGCGAGCUCUACGCGGGCCUCGCCUUGGACCGGCCCUUUAUCCCGAUUCACGAGGCCGAUGUCGAGAAGGGCGGCGCAGCGCUCGAGGAGCUCGAGGCCGAGUGCGUCGAACACUGCGUCGACGACGCCGGAUUUGGCACUUACCCCUCCUACUCAGGGCCGGCCGAGAUGGUGGCCCGUAUCUUCAAAAAAGAGGACCCGAUCCUGUGGGUGCGGGUGAACGCCUUCCAGCUCGAGUCGCUCAAGUCCAUCGCGCUGCGCAUGCUGAGACACUCCCCGUACUACAUGAGGCACCCCGAAACCCUCACCUCGGGCGUGAUGGUGGCAGGGGAGGUUCCUCCGUUCGCCUUUGUCGGCCCCGUCACCAUCCUCGUGUGCCGCGACAACGACGGCGCCUGGUCUGUGGCGGAGGAGGUCCAGGAGGCGGCCAAGACGGGGCGCGCGCUGGCGCCAAAGGCAGCCAAGGACGGCGUCGUGGCCAUCCGCGAGGCGGACGACGCGCUCGAGACUGCGGACGCGCUCCCCGGCAAUUCUCGUCACGUGCUCCUGCUCUACAUGACGGACCGCCUGUGGUACGACCCGGACGGCACCGUCGCAUGGCUGGUGCAGGCGGCAAUGGACCGGAAAAUCACGAUCGCGAUGGUGCACGAGCAGACGCCCAACCUCGGAGGCUGCGCCUUCUCCACUUUCUUUCAAGGGCAGACGCCGCAAGUGCUGCUUCAGCCUCCCUACAACCUCUACAACGCGCUCGCCAUACCCCUCUACGGCUCGCCCGAGCACCGGAAGGUGAGCCUGCGCCACGUGCUGCGCCGCAUGGGAGCCGCGCCGUGCGAUGCGGGACUGCUGCGGCGGAAGCUGCAGCAGCUCAACCACUUCAUGUCGGUGGCGCGGCUCGUUCGGCGGCGACCGCGCCAGCGAGGCAAAUCCCAGCAGGAGAUUGCGAGGAGUGUCAAGAGGCGCCGGAGACGCCGGCAAAGCGAGGGCUCAGAUCCGGACCAGACAGUGUCAGCAGCCGUGGUCAGCGUCAGCAGCCGUGGUUUGGAUUCGGGCUCGAGUAGCCCAAGCGGCGGCGGCAGCGGCAGCUCGGACAGUACAGACGUAGUCAGCGUCAGCAGCCGUGGUUUGGAUUCGGGCUCGAGUAGCCCAAGCGGCGGCGGCAGCGGCGGCGGCGGUGGCGGCGGCCCCGCAACCCCCGGGGCAGCUGCCGGCGUGAGCGGCACACCGACGGCCGCCAACGCGCAGCCGGUCCUGUCGGCCAAAGCGCGUGGCAAGCAGCGCGCCACGUCGAACACGUCGCCUCCCGUGAGCGCCGGAGGGAGCGCCAGCGCGGAGAGCGAUAGCAGCCCGGUUGCGGCAAGCGGGGUGAGGCAGCCGUGGCCCUCUCCAUCUCCCGCCCCGCUGCCGGGCGGCGCUGCUGGAGUGCGGCUAGCUCUACGCGGCGCACCUCGCCAGAAGGAGGAGGAGGGCUGGUUCUCGUGGAUGUGGUGA